CGCCUCGAUGCUCGCGCUGUGUUGGCCUAUUGCUCUGGUGUUGUUGUGUUUGAUAUCGCUUGGCUCAUGCGCAUUUGCCUCUCACUCCACGCGCCAUGGAGGAAGUCGGAAUGCCUGGCUUUCUCUCGCUUGGGUUCCCUUAGCCUGGGCACGCAUUAAAACAGGGUGUCGGCGCAGAAUGCACAAGACUGAGAAAGUCACGGUAGAGCAGAGGGCAGAUGUGGAAAACCAGAUCGCGAAUCAUCUCCAGUCGAAGACCCAACCCGAACCUGUCAGCACCGCGGAUGAACGUGAUACAGGCAAUUUCAACUACGAUUCGAGCCGUCCUGGCCCUCCUGUUGGAAUUAUGAACGGAACGGGAGUCGCACGUCACACUCCACGUCAUUCUCGACUCGUGCAUUGGCCGCUGUGUGGCGAUCAACAAUGGGACGUUAUCAUCGAUUCUUCCACAUUAAGUGAGCAUGGCUUACUAGGUAUGAACUCAGAAUACCGAUACUGCUCCUUUGAUAUGCUUCGCUACGGAAUAUCAUUACAUAGAGAAAGUCUGACGUCAAAUCUCUGCCCCGGCUUCCUCGUGCAGCCACACUCCCUCUGCCAUUAUUACCUGGUGUCUUUUAAUGGAUUUCUCUCUCUUGUCGUAUCUUAUGAGAAGUUUCGAGAACUGAAAGAGAUUCUUCGAGAACCCCCGGCUUCUUGACGCGACCAC